GCCGUCGAUCCGGGGUUGUUCCCCCCCUCCUCCUCCUCCUCUCCUCACUUUCUGCCUGCCGCUACGCUGUAUUAUAUUACUUGCCCUUCUCCCUGUUACUGCUUGGAUGGAUCUCGGUUAGAGCGGGCUGAGUGAACAAUGUCGCGCUCUACGGACUCUGGCGGCGCAACGGCAGAUGCGCCCUCGCUUCCCUGGAGGGCAUUGUCCUCCACUACCAUCUUCGGAGUUGCAGCAUUAUGCCGUUCGUUUCUGUACCUCUGCAGUCGGCCACAGGCGAAUGGAUUAGAUCAAUUUCUCGAGCUCCUCGACUCGAGGAGUGAUCCCUCCCAGAGAACGAGAGGCUUGCUCACAGUUUCGAACCAUACCAGCGUGUACGUGCCUACAUUGCGUCUCGAAAGCUGAGGCGACCCGUUCAACUCCGACAUCAGAGAACGCUGACCAUGGCCGCUUUAACUGAGCAGGAUGGAUGAUCCGAUCAUGUGGGGAUUUCUACCGAUGCGAUAUAACUUCGGACUUGCGAGUUGGAAUAAGCGAUGGGGGUUUGGAAGCC